GAGAGAGAGAGAGAGAGAGAGAGAGAGAGAGAGAGAGAGAGAGAGAGAGAGGGGAGUAGCGGUAGCAGGGAGGAGGAGAAGAUGGCAGCCACGGGGGUGCAGCAGAAGCACGUUGGCGGGGUUGGUAGUGGCGACGUUGGAGAUGGUUUUGUGUACGAUUUGGAGCAUAUGCGUCAUUCGCCGGAGGAUAUUGUGUUCUGCUUGGACGUCGACUCGGAAGCUGAAGGCGACAUGAAGUCGUCGGGAUCUAAGAACGCCCAAGUCUCUACUCGUCUAAGCGCAAUCAAGCAAGCUGUGAUACUGUUCAUGUACUCGAAGCUAGAUAUUGAUCGUCGUCAUCGCUUCGCCAUCGCCACUCUGGCUGAUCGCGCCUCGUGGCAUUUGAGACCGUUCACAAGCGAUGUGGACUACGUUGUUCGCGCAAUGCGGGACAUCUCAGCAACGCGGUGUUAUGACCGUUGUGACCUUUACUCGCUCUUUCGGCUGGUUUACGAUGAGCGGCAGCACUCCAUGAAUGCAGGACACUACCUCCGUCUGAUUCUGAUAUACUGCCGGUCUGCCGUUGUGCCCGACAUGGAGGGUUCAUGGUCCAGAGGAAGCAGGCAUUUCAUGUGUGAUGCAAUUUACCUGCACGACAAACCGAAGCCCAACAACCGUCCGCAGCAGGUGUUCGAUGCUCUCGUUGAGAAAAUCGAAUUGGUCAGCAAUUCGGAUACUGCGUACAUCUUUGAGAGCUCAAAUGGUCUUCCCAGAACUCUGUUCAAGCACAUGUGCCUCCUUUUGACACACCCGCUGCAGCGGUGUGUGCAGGAGGACCUGGACACCCCCAGAGAUCUUGCUAAAUGGGACCCUACGAAGGGGUACUGUAACAGCGGGGCUGGCUCGAGUGGGAGGGUAGUUGUAACCAACCUAGGUGGUGGGGGUAAUGGCAGGGGGGGGACCAGCGACGGGGGAGCUGCACCUGGAAACGGGAUAGGUGGGGCCACGCAUGCAGGGCAUGGGAUGGUGGUCGUGCUCGGCCCUUCCAGGACACAACAAGGUGCCGACGACGACUCGUCUCCAGGUUACGGUCACGGCGCUGCGACGACCUGAUCUGUCGAUUGAAGCUGUGGCAGUUGUGCGUGACUGAUCUCUGCUGCUUAGGCGCGUCUCCACUUGUGUAUCUGUCUCGUUGUGUGAUUGCUGCUGCUUUGGGGGUGUUUCGACAUUGCCGUCUGAUUGAUGAGGGAGAGGGAAGACAUGUUGUAGUGACAGCUGCCGAUAGCUGGCAACCCCGUUUUGGUGGGCCGUUGUUAUCUUGUCGGGGAGAGCAGGAGAGUCCGUCCCGACUUUGGUGGUGGUGGUCCCAACAAGAAAAAGGCGCAUGGGAGUGAAUGCUCAGGUGAUUCGUAGAUGCAACCGUGGAUGCAUACAGUAUGUGGCUUCCACAGGCUGACUUCUACGGUAGUGCCUGCCUCAUGGGCCCAGCUGGCACUUGGCACAGUGAUCAGGAGUUGUUCGGCGUGUGGCACUGUUUGCUGGUUUGUAGGCGCUGCCUUGUCGUCAUUGUUUGCUGCUUCUAUGCAGGCCCCACAGUUUCCCUAUGCCCCAUUCCUUGUGUGUACCACGUGCUCGUAUGCCGUGUCCUACCUAGUGUCUGCAUUCUUCUUCUAAUGGAAGAGGCAUUUUGUGAAGGUUCAUUCAUAUUUGUUUUGUGAGUUGUAAUUAGUAUUUAGUCUUCACUGCAAUUCAUGAUUUCUUAGUGAGUUUUUUUUGCUGGCCAUUGGUUUCAUUCUUGUGCCAGCCGUCUGACCUGUCCUCCAUGUGUUUUUCAUGUGUGCAACACUGCAAGAGAAUACGGUCCCAAAGUUUUAAAAGUAGAAAGAAGAUGAUAGAGAGGGCCUCAAGUAUGGGACUACGCCAGGAUCUCAUGGUGAAAUGUGAUUCAUGAAUGCUAUCAGUCCGCAGGUUGCACGCGUUUUAUCCUCUAUCUAUGGCGAUUGUGAUCUGGCUUUUGUCAUUGUUGUGCCAAAAAUGUUUGGUUUGUCGUGUGUGUGCGUUGUUUUCAUCCCCUGAUCUUGUCUACCGGGUGUUGUGUUCUGAUGUGACCGACACAACUUGGCUUUUUUUCUAGGCGAUCGAUCGCCUGAACUCGUUCACGUUGCUUUCCUUAAGGUUACCUCGAACUUCCUUGCCUUGAAUUUGUCCCAUCAAGCGCUCAGAGCGUUUUGCCGGUUGGGUGCUGGAGGCAGUUUCCAUGAGCUUUGAAAGCUUGACCGCUUGGCCUUUGAGUAUCCAGAAGUGCCAGCACCUCCAUUUUUGAGUGCCCCAUCAGGGUGCAUGGAAGUUGAAAUGAG